CACUCGUCACAGCCACCACAGCUCUCUCUCUCUCUCUCUCUCUCUCUCUCUACAUACCAAGAUCGCCAUGGUGAUCCCUCUAGGCCCCGGCAAGUUCUACGGCAGCAGCCUCCCCCGGCCGCGCUUCCUCAGGGACGACGCCAACCGGGUCAGCCCGCCGGCCCCCGUCCUCGACCCGCUCCUCUCGUGGGCCAGCGAGGCUCACUGGUCGAUGGGCGGCCUCAGCUUCCAGCGCCUCCGCCUCCAGGGCCGCAUCGAGGGCAGCAUCAAGAAGCUCCGUGCCGAGCGGGAGAGGUCGGUCCGGGUGGCCAAGGGCAAGAUCUCCAAAACCAAGCCGAAGUCGGCUUCAGAUCUCAAAGCCUCGAGGACCCAGGUCGACGACGGCAGGAAGAGGGCCGGUUCUGUCUCCCCGCCUCCGGCGCCCGUGGCAGUGAAGAGGAGGAGGUACGUGGCUUUGGUCGACGAAAGCGAGGAAGAAGAGGAAGACGAGGCGGAGCGGAAGGGGGAGGAGAGAGAAGUUCGCGUGGAGCAGAAGAGGCCUGCGAGGAAGCUCUACGAGGAGUUCGACCGAGUGGCCAAGGAGAGCGAGAAGGCCAAGAGCAAGGGUUCCGAUGCUGCUUCGCCAAGGACGCGGGCGAAGAAAGGCGGAGGUGGCGUUGGCGAUGAGGUGAUGAAGGUGGUCGAGGACGUGAACAGAGAGGUCGUGGAGGAGGGCAUUGGCGAGAAAAAAUCGCAGAAGAAGAGCGGCGGCGAGAGCGCGAAAAGGGUUUCUCCGAGAUCGGCGAAGGGCUUGGAGACCAGUCCCGGUGGCGCGGCUGCGACCAGAACUUCCCCGAGAUUGGCCAAACGUGGAUAGAUUAUGUGAAUUUGUGCUCAUGUGAUUUGAUCUUGUCUUUGCUCAUGUUCGAGCGCGGUGUCAUAGGAAUUCUCUUAUGUUUCUUCCUUUUUUUCCCUUUUGUUCGGUUUUUCGGUUUCUUUUUUUUUUUUUUCUUCCUGUCUUAGGAUUUUAGGCAGCUUGAUGACUAACCCGUCUAAAUAAAUGAUUGAGGAAACAAGUGUUUCUGGGAA